GAAGCAAUUUGGUUAAACAGUGUGGUAAAAUAGACUAUGGAAGCGGAAAAUACUUAUACACCAUCGAAUGCGGGGAUGUAAUCGCAGACAUGAUUAAAAUCACUCAAACUUCUGGCGAUGCCUUAACUCUUUGCGAGGUGGAAACUUAUGGCGAAAAAGUGACUAUCAGCGAACCUCAACUUAUAGACUCUGAUGACAGGCAGGCCUCUCAAAGUAGUACCCCAUAUAACCACGGCGAUGCAGCAAGAGCAAUUGAUGGCAACACAGCUAAUGUAUAUUCUCAAGGUUCCUGUACACAUACAAGUGAUGGAAGCCCUCAAUGGUGGAAGGUCGACCUAGGAGCAAUUUACAAAGUGAACAAGGUCGUUAUCUACAACAGAAUGGAGUGUUGUGGAGACAGACUUGAUGGAGCUCAGGUUGAAGCCUUUAGUGGAAGCAGUUUGGUCAAAAUCUGUGGUAAAAUAGACUAUCAAAGCGGAAAAGUCUCUUACACCAUCGAAUGCGGGGAUGCAAUCGCAGACAUAAUUAAAAUCAGUCAAACUUCUGGGAAACCCUUAACUCUUUGCGAGGUGGAAACUUAUGGCGUAAAAGUUGAAUAAGUGAUGUCGGGCUAAAAGAACAGCAUGGACGUAGAUUAAGAUACGAUAGUUUAAACCAACGAAAGGGUAUAAUAUUAUUAUUUGCGUAUUUGGAGAGAAAAGACAAUUUUUUGAGAAAAGAAAAUUUUAUUGUUUAUCAUCAAUUCAA